GCUGUGCGCUCCGCGGGCGCUCUCCCGGCGGCGUCCGCUGGCGCCCGGCCCCGCGCGCGGCCCGGCCCGUCCCGGCCCCGCCAUGGCGUUCACGUUCGCGGCGUUCUGCUACAUGCUGGCGCUGCUGCUCACCGCCGCCCUCAUCUUCUUCGCCAUCUGGCACAUCAUCGCGUUUGACGAGCUGAAGACGGACUACAAGAACCCCAUCGACCAGUGCAACACGCUCAACCCCCUUGUACUUCCAGAGUACCUCAUCCAUGCAUUCUUCUGUGUUAUGUUUCUCUGUGCAGCAGAGUGGCUUACACUGGGUCUCAAUAUGCCUUUGUUGGCUUAUCAUAUUUGGAGGUACAUGAGCAGACCCAUGAUGAGCGGCCCUGGUCUGUACGAUCCUACGACCAUCAUGAAUGCAGACAUUUUAGCCUAUUGCCAGAAAGAAGGAUGGUGCAAAUUAGCAUUCUACCUUCUAUCUUUUUUUUACUACUUAUAUGGCAUGAUUUAUGUUCUGGUGAGCUCUUAAGAAGACAUUCAGCAAGCUUUGUUCCAUUUAAGUGCAUGCAAAAGCCAUGAAACAUGGAUUAUUUACAAUGAGACCGUCUCACCAAGAUUAAAUAUGGAAUCUGAUGAUUGCAUUUGCAUUAGAAAACAAUGGCUCCCCUAUUUUUAAAAUAUUUCCACAUUUUAUACUUGUGGAAAGACUGUUUUCUUAUAUCUUACUGGGACACUGAAAUUAAAGAAUUACGUGUACAUUAGUCUAAAGAUUACUGGGUUUUGAAAAGUUUUGACUUUGCACUCCAUAAGGAACAGCCUUCGAGCAGGCGUUUGUCACUGAGCAGCCGUAGUGCGCUGGGUUCUUUGGGCUGGGUUUCGUGGACUCGCGAUGAGUGUUACCUGUAGGGGAUGUCAGUCUCAAGAGAUGAAUUCAUGGGCACAAUUGCAGAAACGGUAGUUCUAUUUUUCUUUCUUUUCUCUUUUUUUUUUUUUCCCCUAUCUGGUUAAUCUUUCCCUGUAUAUGCAUGGUUCAGAGACUCCUGUAUUUUCACUGAACACUAGCCUUGCUUUAAUCACAAGCAUUUGUCAUUGUGAUAGGAAAUGUUGAAUUGUCCACAAAAGAGUUAAUUUAGAUUUUUUUUAAAGUCUAUGCACAGACACUAAGAACAAAUUUAUUAACAAAUGGACAAACCUACAUUUAUCAUGUUCAAUGGUGAAAAUACUCCUGGGUUUAAGAGUAAUACUACAGUCCUUUUCAAAGGAGAAAGUGAGAUUGUGAAACUGCCCUGCUGUUCCUUAGUGCAAUAAAUAAAAAAGUCUCAAAUUCA